CCGUUGCCUUCCUUUGUUUUGUAGAGCAAAGUUUCCACGUACGAUGAACACCUGGGCAAUGCUGAUGAUCUUGGUUCUUGUUUUGGCGCCGUUCCAUUUGUGGCUGACGCGGAAUGACUUGGUGGACUUUCACCGGUGGAUGUGCAAGUGGAUGCAAGAAGAUGCCAGCAUCGACUUUUUGAAAGAAGCACGGGUUGAGGAAGAGAUGGCCAAGCUUCGCAAGAGGAACUUCAACUUAUUCAUGCGUUGCACUUGUCAUUUGGAUUUCAUACUUUGCAUUCUCAUGUUUUACCAAGCUUGGGCAACCCCUGGGCUUGACUCCUCGGUGUGGGCGACUUAUUGCGUGGUGUGCUACGCAUUUUGCACCGCGGCGGAGUCGAUCGAGCUGACCGAGCGGUUCACCUACUUUUGCCAUUUCGCCGCACUUGCAGCCUUUAUCUCUACGGCUUGGUCAAGUGCUUGGGUGCGAUCGACGAUGCAAGGCUUUCACUCUGCAGUACGCUUCUGCCUGGUGCUAGUGCUUUUGGAUCCCAAGAUUACCGUCCCUUUCCAAGUGCUUUACACCCUUGUCGAGGUGAUUCUACAUGUUUGUGUGAUGGAGGAGGGGGAUUUCUGGAUGCAACUGGCAUCCUUCAGCUCUGGGCAGCUCUUUGUUUUGGUGCAAACCAUUGCUUCCUCGAUUUUCAUCGAUCUGUGUCUUCGUGGGCGUAUCGAUGCACAGCUGGACACAGCAGAAGCGGAGUCCUUGCUUUGUGGUUUCCGAAGGGUCCUGAGAGGUGUUUGUGAUGGUGAUGUGCUCUUGGACAACCACAUGAAUGUGGCCCAGGAGAGCCACUGCUUGAAACAUCUCAUUCUCACGGAUGUGAGCCUCAAAGGCAAGUCCUUUGAACACUUGUUGGUUGAUGACGAGCAACUGGUUCGCUUUCGUGAGUUUAUUGAGGCUUCGAACGAGGCUUUUCAGGCACCAGACUCCAAGGGUGCUGCACCUCCGCUGUGCUUGCGGGUGUCUCUUCGUGAUGCUGGAGGUAUACGGGUGGCCACAGAUAUUUACCACGUGCCUGUUCCAGGCAUUUUUGGCGCACAUGAUUUGUAUCAUCUUCUCGCGUUUAAAGAAGAUCCUGAGUCCCGGCCACAACCUGAAGCUGGGGGAGAUGCAGUACCUUCAGUACUUUUGCCUACUUGGAAUCCAAGUGACAAUGCACAGUCGCGCAGAGACUCCAAGUCGAUGCUUUCUGAAAGCACUGGAAGAAGUUCUCAGCUUCCUUUUUGUGCUGAAUUGAAGGAGAUGUCCUUGCUCCUGGAUGUGGACUCGGAGCUCCAGGAUGUUAUUGAGGCACAUCUGCACUUUGAGCGAGAUCAGCAGCCCCGAGACCUUCCUUCUGCCUUGCACUCGACCAUGCCCAGUUUGCGUAAACUGGUGAAACCCACUGACUGGGAGAAGGUCCGGUCAAAAGCCAUAACAUUUGUGGAGAGGGCGCUCAGGGAUCCGAACCUUCAUCCCCGAGUGCUGAAACAGAUGACUUGGCAACUGCCGCAUUCAUGCCGGGUCAUUGCAGAAGAAGCCGCCUUCAAGAGCUUCCCCAAUGAGGAGUUCCCAGGGAAGAAACUGGUUUGGCUGCACCUGAAAGGUUUUCAACCAGAGAAAUCUCAUUGGCGACCUUUUGGUUUGACUGGAAUCCAAGACACCGGCUCCAGCGGCAUGCCGCUGACACUACGUUCUCGUAGCAAAAGCAAACCAGUCAGACCGCAGUCCCUGACAAACAGGUGAACAAUCUGCUGUCCAUAGUUUCACUCCACUCUGGACGACUCUUCAUCGUAUAGAGAAAACGUCGUCGGCGUCGGCGUCGUCGUCGUCUACGUCGUCUACUUGAAUGUCUAGCGAGCGCAGUGCCUGCCCGAAACGGAACUGGAUUUGGCCUG